AUAUGGUAAAUACGCAUUUCAAUUGAAUUUUUGAAACGGUGUAGUAAUCUGAACACGCUGUGUAACUGUUUUGAGCAAAUUAAUGAUCCCGUAGUCCCCAGAGUUGUUUCUUAUUUUUUUAGGCAAAUGUUCCUGUCCGUCUCUGUGCUGUCAUUGGCUGACUCACCAGAGUCAGAUUCUACCACAGAAUUAUCAGAUUGAAAAAUCAGGGAACAGAGAGAGACAGAAAGACAGAAAAGGGCGACAGGGUUAUUUAUGUAUUCUGUAGAAUUUGAAAGAAGGAUAUAGGACGCCAGGACAGAGCAAGACGAAAAGAAAAAGUUACAAGAAUUCGUUUAAACACCAAGAAUAUUAAUUAGCAAGACGAUUCUUAAACAUUCACUGAAAGAGGAAUUUCAAAUUCCGGGACACAGCUCCACAAUGCCGCGUUCAUUCCUCGUCAAGAGCAAGAAGGCUCACACUUACAACCUGCACCGGUAUGAGAAGGAUGAUCCGGUUACAUCACUGGAGCCAUCAACUGUACCUGACAGCACGGCUCUGCUGCCAUCGCCCCCAGAGGAGGACAUGCCCCCUGUCAACGGGCAAUGCCUGGAGUACCCCUACAUUAAACAAGAGGGGAGUCCCAAAGGGGGGGUGACAGUGGAAGAGCACCCCAGCGAGGGGCUCCCCUCUUACUGCAGUCCCGUGCCUCCCAUGCAUAAGCUGCCCUCCCCUCCCUACUACAAGCCCUCGUUCCCCUGGGACUCUCUGCACGCUGCCUAUGAUUUCCGCCAGCUCUCCUGCAACUUCCAGUCCAGCCUCCUGCAGAGAGCCAGCAGCCUGUAUGGGACCCGCAUGAAGGAGACCCCCGAACCCCAGCAGCCCCUGGAUUACAGCACCCACUACUCCCCCAGCUCCGACACCUACCACUGCAUCACCUGCAACAAGGUCUUCUCCACUCCUCAUGGACUGGAGGUCCAUGUGCGCCGGUCACACAGCGGCACCAGACCCUUUGGCUGCAGCAUCUGCAGGAAGACCUUCGGCCAUGCGGUCAGCCUGGAGCAGCACAUGAACGUCCACUCCCAGGAGAGGAGCUUCGAGUGUAAGAUGUGUGGGAAGACCUUCAAGCGCUCGUCCACGCUGUCCACUCACCUCCUGAUCCACUCGGACACGCGGCCCUACCCCUGCCAGUACUGCGGCAAACGCUUCCACCAGAAAUCCGACAUGAAGAAGCACACCUACAUCCACACCGGAGAGAAGCCCCACAAGUGUCAGGUGUGCGGGAAAUCAUUCAGCCAGAGCUCCAACCUGAUCACACACAGCCGCAAGCACACCGGCUUCAAGCCCUUCGGCUGCGAGCUCUGUGGGAAGGGCUUCCAGAGGAAGGUGGACCUGCGGAGGCACCACGAGAGCCAGCACGGACUCAAGUGAGCCGAGCGAGCGACCAGCAGCCCGUCCGAGCCAACCUCCAUGAUUGCCUCUAGAGAGGGCUGUUUAGAGCAUCCGAAAUCACUGACCGGCUCUUCAGAUCACAUCCGUUGUGACCUUCGAUAGGCCGAACAGAACGAGAACUUGAUGCUUCAGUGGUUAUCUGCACUGUUUACUAUGGGAUGGAAAUAAGACUCCCCUUGCAUAACAGUUUGAUCCAUCCCUGGUUUUCCUAGGAGUUUAAUAAGAUACACCCAAACUUGUUACCUAUACACCGUGGCUAAUCAAGCUCAUAGUAAAACCUGGAAUGGGUGAAACCGCUAUGCAAUAGGAACCUUAUUUCCAUAUAUAUAAAUAUCUGAGUCCAGCACUGGAGAGGAGUCCCCUGACGCAAGCAGACUCUCCCUUUUAAGGUUAUCCCAUCGGAUUAUAAAAACGCAGUUCAGGUUUUGAUUCACUUAACUUCAUUCAACAGAUUUCAUAUGCAGACAAAGCCACCAGCACUGGCCAGCUUCAAACGAGACCAAGAAAGUUCUGAUUGAAAUAUAUUCUAAACCAAAAAAUAUGACCUAAAUAUACACAGAUAUUUGUCAAGAAGAAUAUAAGGCUGCAGACUAUAUAUAUAUAUAUAUAUAUAUAUAUAUAUAUAUAUAUACAGUAUAUAUAGUCUGCAGCUAAUUAGGGAUGCACAGUUCAUUAUUGUAUAUAUAUAUAUAUAUAUUUGAAGUGAUUUACCAGUAUAAUUAAAACAUUAAAAAGUAUUUAAAAAAUGUAUUGUGUAUUUUGUCUCCUGGAUUAUUUAUUAAAGACAGUGUAAAACUAUGUAAUAUG